AUGGAAAGAGGAGGAACAUCGGAUGAAGGAGAAAGACAAGGCAUGAACCAACGACAAACUGAGGAGUCCAACAGAGGUAACUUCAUAGAGGGCUCAGUAAACACUUCCGACACAAACACCAUCGUAGGAGAAGAGAUGACUCAUGAGGAAAUGAAGGAUAAUAUCAGUGAAGAGAACGUGACGUUGGAUCAGCUGAGGGAAACGCUCCGCAUCGAAAAAGAACGAGACAGGGAUCUAGCGGAACAACACGCUCGAUUGACGAGGCAGAAUGCUAGAUUGGUAUUGCAAAAUCGCCAGCUGAACGAGGAAGUGGAAGUUGACGCCACGGACUCGGAAGUGAACUUGAUAUCAUCAGGAGAAGAAGAGUUACGACGAGGGAGACGUACCCGCGAGGAAGAUGGAGGAGAGCGAAGGAAGCGACGAAGAGAAAACAGUGAAGAAAGAGAACUAAGAAGGGCAUUGGAAGUGUCGAGUUGGGAAAAUCAAAGGAAAAGAUAUGAAGAAGAACAAAGGCACGAGGAAGGUGAUGGGAGGAAAAGAGAAGAUGAAAGACGACGCGAAUUCAACCACAGGGAGGAGGAAGCAAGGAGACAUGGUGAAGGAAGGCUCAAUGUGAUGAGGGGAGGCCGUCAGGGAGAAAGUGAAGGGAAACUGAACCAGGAAGUUUUGGACGAGCUGAGAGAUAUGAGGGCACUGAUCAAUAAUUCACGAAAAGGCGGCAGAGUGAAACUGGCGGAAGCUGAACCAGGAAGUUUUGGACGAGAUGCGAGAUAUAAGGGCACUGAUCAAUAA